AUGACAAAGGCACGAUUCACCGACGAACAGAGGGAUGUUGGGUGUUGCCAGCUAUUCGUCGAUAGCCUCUCCGGUCCUGCCUUGGUGUGGUUCACAAGUCUUGAAUCGAAUUCGAUCGAUAACUUCGACCAGUUGUCUACGGCUUUUCUUAAGCAUUAUCGAAUCCUCAUUGAACGAGGCGUGACAAGCUCCGACCUCUGGGAGAUGGCCCAGGAACUCAGCGAAUCCAUCGGCAGUUUCCUCAGCAGAUUCAAAGAAAAGCUAACGCGCGUCACUGUCCCAGAGGAUGCCGCAAUGGCAGCCUUUAGAACGGGGUUGAUUCCCGGAUCACCAUUACGAAAGGAUCUUAACAUACGGGAGCCCAAGGACCUCGAUGACGCGCUACAUCGAGCCUCCAGAUUCGCGCUCGACGAAGACGAAGACGCCCAAUUAGCCGCAAAGACAAUCGGGCAACCGUCACAUCCCCUAAGGCUAAAAGCCGGGACGAGCACCACGAACCUUGCAAGCAUCACGACCCCCAAGACCGAAAAAGGGUGUCGUUCACACGGUUUCCGAAAUGGAGGACCAAAACAAACAGCCAUCCGACCCAAAGGAGUUUAUCUUUUCGGAGAAAUCGAAGCCACCUUUCAGCCAAAAAGCAUCCGUGGAGGCAGAGGUCGGCGAGGGGGAUGGCGCGGUGGACGAUCUAACGGUGGCCGUGGCGCAGGAGGAGGACAAGGCUACAAUGGGCCGGCUUACGGAGUUCAACAGCCGGCCAACCAAGUGCUGGCGAACCAUCAAGAAGAGAUGCCCCAGGCGGACGAACUGUCUGGCCCACCCAAGCGGCAGAGAUGGCAAAAUCCCGAGCGGGCCAAUUCUCCUUCCCGAGGACGAAUAACCAUGAUACUUGGCCCACCAGAGGAUUGCGCCGACUCCGUACGUGAAUUAAAGAAGAGGGCGCGUCAAGUUUGCAGCCUUCAGGCAGCCCAGAGCGAGCCUCCACUCUGCUCGGACCCCAUAUCAUUUACAUCGGAAGAUGCCAAGGGAAUCCAACACCCCCAUUCAAAUCCUUUGGUCAUCGAAGUCGCCAUGGGCAAUUUCGACGUCGAACGAGUUUUGGUCGACACAGGAAGUACCGUCAAUGUAAUAUGCUGGCAAACGCUAGAAAAAAUAAGUGUCACACAAGAGCAACUGAAACCCGAGUUUUGA